CCCACAUGGAAGGAGCCCAACAAGAAGCAGCGACCGCUCCCCUCCUCCAACUCCAACAUUCGCCGCCGCCGCCACCUCGUCGCCGUUGUCCUCCCUUGGCAACCCCCAAACCGUAGGCUAAGCCCUUUUUAGAGUUUUCACCCGCCUUCGACGGCACAGCCAUGAACUCCGGUGCGACAGCCGCCGUGGCGCAGAACCGACGCACGCGCAGCCGUCCGCCGUCGGCGGCCUCCUCCCGCAAGUCGGAUGAUCCCUCCGCCGCUUCCGCCAACGGAAACGGGAAGGGGCCCUCCAAGCCCACCUCUCCCAACCACGUCGCAGGGGAGAGGACGGUCAAGAAGCUGCGGCUGUCGAAGGCGCUGACGAUCCCGGAGGGGACGACGGUAUCAGAGGCGUGCCGGCGGAUGGCGGCCAGGCGGGUCGACGCCGUGCUGCUCACCGACGUCAACGGCCUCCUCUCCGGCAUUGUCACCGACAAGGACAUAGCCACAAGGGUUAUUGCUGAGGGGCUGCGGGUUGAGCAAACAAUCAUAUCCAAGAUCAUGACACGCAGCCCUCAUUAUGUCACAGCUGACACACUUGCUAUCGAGGCACUACAGAAAAUGGUCCAAGGGAAAUUUAGACACCUUCCUGUGGUUGAUAAUGGUGAGGUUAUUGCCAUGCUGGACAUUGCAAAAUGUCUCUAUGAUGCAAUAUCAAGACUGGAGAAGGCAGCAGAACAAGGAAGUGCACUUGCAGCUGCUGUAGAAGGGGUUGAGCGCCAAUUCGGUAGCAACUUCUCAGCUCCUUCCACUUUAAUAGAAACUAUAAGAGAACGGAUGUUUAAACCUUCUUUGUCAACCGUUAUCACGGAAAGCACAAAAGUAGCGAUUGUUUCUCCUUCAGAUCCUGUUUAUGUUGCAGCCCAAAAAAUGCGUGAACUACGCGUUAAUUCAGUGGUUAUAACUACCGGAAAUUUGCUGCAAGGGAUCUUUACCUCAAAGGAUGUGCUUAUGCGUGUUGUGGCACAAAAUCUUUCUCCCGAAUUAACUCUAGUAGAAAAGGUAAUGACUGCACACCCUGAUUGUGCUACAUUGGACACGUCAAUUCUGGACGCAUUACAUAUAAUGCAUGAUGGCAAAUUCUUGCAUAUUCCUGUUGUUGAUGGAGAUGGUAGAGUUGUUGCUUGUUUGGAUGUUCUGCAACUUACCCAGGCAGCCAUUUCUAUGGCUGAAGGAGGUUCUGGAGCUGCAAAUGAUGUAGCAAACACAAUGAUGCAGAAGUUCUGGGACUCUGCUCUUGCUUUGGAGCCUCCAGAUGAGGAAUUUGAUAGCCAGAGUGAAAUAUCCUUAGUGAUGCCGUCAGAGGUCGGAGAUGGCAGGAGUAGCAUUUAUCCUGCUGUUGUUGGCAAUUCUUUUGCCUUCAAGCUUCAGGUCAAGAAGGGACGUAUGCAUAGAUUUACAUGCGGUUCUGAGAGUUUAGAUGAACUUAUGUCUUCUAUAACACAAAGAUUAGGCACUGGUGGUGAGAAGGGCCCAAUUCAACUUCUGUAUGACGAUGAUGAAGGCGAUAGGGUGCUGCUUACUACAGAUUCUGAUCUUGCCGGUGCUGUUCUCAAUGCCAAAUCAUCCGGAUUGAAGGUCCUGAGGUUGCACAUUGACAACUCGGAUUCCAGUUCUGAAGUUAAAAAACAAUUGCCGGAGCUGGUGCCUCCCCAAAAAAGUCUGUUGACGCCUGUUCAUUACGGGCUAAUGGCCGGCGCUAUUGCCCUGACAGGCGUUGUGCUCGUGGUUUACUUGAAGCGCUCAAAAGUGUGAGUUCUGGGAGGCACGCUUAACUCCAAUCCUUACCUCUGUGACUAACGUCCCUCAGAAGACUCAAACGCCUCGGCGCUUCAGCUGACCAAGGAUGAAGAACUGAACUCCUCAAAAAAGACAAAGAAAAAGAAAAAGAUUGAAGAACUGAAGAUCAUGGACCAUACACCAGAUGCACCGAAGUCCAGAAAGUAAUCAGCUGACCAUAUCAAUUUUUUGCAUAAAUGAGUUUAGUUAUACUGGGAAGGAAGCACAAAACUAUGAGUUUAGUUAUACCGCGAAGGAAGCACGAAACUAUGAGUUUAGUUAUACUGGGAAGGAAGCACGGAACUAUGAUAUAUAUUUUCAGUUCAUUAGUUUCAUGAAUGCGAUGAAACAUGUGCCUUUUAUAACCAUCUCUACCACAAAUCCGGUGAGGGAUUACUUGUGGGAUUACUUCCAAAACAAUCACUGGAUCUGACUUACUGUUUACGUAUUUUCUGAGAUGAGGGGGAUAUAUUUAUGUCCUGUGUGGUUGAUUA